CCCACACCAACCCCAUUUUCUCUUAGCCUUCAGAUUUUGGUUGUUGGUGAAAAAACCCUUCUUCCACUCAAUUCAAUCCAACAACCACCAUCACCAAAAAAGCUUCCUUUUUUAAUCCCAAAAACUCCAUCAAAUCUCAAUUUAAAGAAAUAAAGUUACAAACUUUGUUUCUAAGAGAAAAGUGAGUGUUUGAGACAGAGAUGGCAACGCAGGUUGGCAAAAUCUACAAUGGAACACAAAAAACAUGUGUUCUUCCCAAUGUUUCAAAAACCCAGAAUCCCAAACAUGUUCCUUUUGUUUCAUUCAAAUCAAAUCUCAAUGGAAAGACAAGUUCUUGGGGUUUGGUUGUGAAGAACAAUGGGAAAUUUGGGUCAAUAAAGGUUCGGUCUUUGAAGGUUUCUGCUUCAACAGCAACAGCUGAGAAACCAUCUAGAGCUUCAGAGAUUGUGCUUCAACCAAUUAAUGAAAUUUCGGGUACUGUUAAGUUACCUGGGUCUAAAUCAUUGUCUAAUCGGAUCCUGCUCUUAGCUGCUUUAUCUGAGGGAACUACUGUGGUUGAAAAUUUGUUGAACAGUGAUGAUGUUCAUCACAUGCUUGUUGCUUUGGGUAAACUUGGUCUGUAUGUGAAACAUGACGGUGAAAAGAAACAAGCCAUUGUUGAAGGUUGUGGUGGUCAGUUUCCAGUCGGAAAAGGUGAAGGUCAAGAAAUCGAGCUUUUCCUUGGGAAUGCUGGAACCGCAAUGCGACCACUUACUGCCGCUAUUACAGCCGCCGGUGGCAAUUCGAGCUACGUACUUGAUGGCGUACCCCGAAUGAGAGAGAGGCCGAUCGGGGACUUAGUUACCGGUCUUAAGCAGCUCGGUGCUGAUGUUGAUUGUACUCUUGGCACGAAUUGUCCCCCUGUUCGUAUAGAAGGAAAGGGUGGUCUUCCCGGGGGAAAGGUGAAACUCUCUGGGUCUAUUAGUAGUCAAUACUUGACAGCUUUACUCAUGGCGGCUCCGUUGGCUCUUGGGGAUGUGGAAAUUGAGAUUAUUGAUAAACUUAUUUCCAUCCCAUAUGUUGAAAUGACAAUAAAGUUGAUGAAAAGGUUUGGGGUCACUGUGGAGCACACGGAUAGCUGGGAUCGAUUCUUUAUCCGAGGAGGUCAAAAGUAUAUGUCUCCCGGAAAUGCUUACGUUGAAGGUGAUGCUUCGAGUGCCAGUUACUUCCUUGCGGGUGCAGCAGUCACGGGUGGGACUGUCACGGUAGAAGGAUGCGGAACAAGUAGUUUACAGGGUGAUGUAAAAUUUGCCGAGGUUCUUGAGAUGAUGGGUGCUAAAGUCACCUGGACCAAGAAUAGUGUAACUGUCACCGGACCCCCAAGAAAUUCCUCAGGGAGGAAACACUUGCGUGCUAUUGAUGUCAACAUGAACAAAAUGCCAGACGUUGCUAUGACUCUUGCUGUUGUUGCCCUUUACGCCGAUGGUCCAACUGCCAUAAGAGAUGUGGCAAGUUGGAGAGUGAAGGAGACCGAAAGGAUGAUUGCUAUAUGCACGGAACUCCGGAAGCUUGGAGCAACAGUCGAAGAAGGGCCGGAUUAUUGCGUGAUCACACCACCAGAGAAAUUAAACGUGACAGCAAUCGAUACUUAUGAUGAUCACCGAAUGGCCAUGGCAUUCUCUCUAGCCGCAUGUGCUGAGGUUCCGGUUACCAUCAAGGAUCCUGGUUGUACCCGGAAAACCUUCCCUGAUUACUUUGAAGUUCUCGCUAGAGUUACGAAGCAUUGAAUGACUCUUACUUUAGAGAAAGCUAGAAAAGCACGAGAGAUAGAGGUUUGUACCACCGUCCUUAAAAAUCAUAGGAUGAAAGGCAAUCAAACCUCGUCUUCGAUGUUCCAUCUCGUAAUCUGAUAAUUCCGCAAUCGGCAGCUCGGGUUUAUUACCGUUUCUUCCUAGAUAAUUUAUUUUUCUACUUGUAAUGAGUGAGUAGUUGGUCUUUGGUCGCUGUCAUGAAGACUGUUAUGUUAAACAAUAUUUGCUCAAUUAAGAAUUGAUUCUUUUUUGCUA